AUGAACAUGAAGCCGAAGUCAGACACGGACACCGCUGUCCAUCAGAUGCAGCAACUUUGGCAGAGCGUACUGGCCACAGAGCAGCCUAUCAGCCUAGGCGACAAUUUCUUCGAACUUGGCGGCACCUGGAGUGCUGCGGUUCUGGCGUCGAUGAAAGCAGCAGACAAAGGGCUGUCCUUCGGGGCCGAGGACCUGUAUGAACACCCACGUCUCUGCGAUCUUGUGAAAAGCUGCCGUGUUGGAGCGAAGCCCGUGACCUCCGCCACCGUCUGGUCUGAUGAGGACCCAGCAUCAUCUUUCCCUGCCGGCCCGUCGCCCUCAGGAGAAGCAAUUUGGCAAACCUGCGAUGCUGAGCCGCAGCUGUUUUGGCACCCCACUGGCCGGCUGAAAGCACCGCCUAACCUCAUCCGCGCAGCAUGGGCGCUACUGCUAGGUAAGUAUGAGGAUGCGGUCAAGGUUGCGUUUGGGACUGCAUCUUCAGAGGCGCCCAUGUCACCGGUUGUUUUCGCAUGGGACUAUGAUGAUAAGACUGAGGCGUUCCUGGACCACGUACAGCAACUGAACAAGAAUGCAAGCGAGUCAAUCACCACCGACCAAAACGUUCGUUGCGGAGUGCGAGUUACUACAGUCCUGGAUGCGUCCGAAUUUGACGAUACGUGUCGAAGGAUCCGCGCGAGUUCGCCGUUGCUGGCACUGGAUAUUCAUUGCCUAUUGUCCGCGGACCGCGUCUCUCUUAUCGGUGGCUCCUAUACUUCAGUUCUGUCUGCCUCUUCCUUGCGUCGAGUGCUAGACCAAAUCCAGCAUGUUAUCCAGCAGAUGGCCGCCUGUCGAUCUGACGACACCCUGCGCAAUCUGCAGUAUGUCAGCCCCAGCGACCGUCAACAGUUGCUGGAAUGGAACAAAGAUCUGCCAUUGGAGGUAACCGCAUGUAUUCACGAAAAGUUUGACUGUUCGGUCCGGCAAUGGCCGGAUGCCGUAGCUGUCGAUGCGUGGGAUGGCACCUUCAGCUACCUUGAGCUUGACAUUUUCUCUUCUCGGCUUGCUGCAGUUUUAGCUGGGCGAGGCAUCACUCGAGAGAUCGUCGUCGGUAUUUGUUAUCAGAAGUCAAAAUGGGCCGUGGUCUGUAUGCUGGCAAUCCUCAAGGCUGGUGGCGUUUGUCUAUUCCUCGACCCUGAAGCGCCGCGUGUGCGACGGGAAUCGAUGCUUCACGAUGCGGACGUGAAGCUGCUUCUGACAUCGCCAAUCGGCCUAGAGGACGAUGGAGACGGGAUCCCAUGCUUGGCAGUUUCCCAUCCCUUCUUCAACACAAUCGACCCUUCGUUAGCGUCUCACUCAGCCGCAGUAAGCAGUCCCUCGGAUGCUGCAUUUAUUUGCUUCAGUUCUGGCAGCACAGGCGCGCCCAAAGCCAGUGUUACUGAACAUGGCUCUGUAUGCACACUGGCCAAGCAUCGUGGACAGCUAACAUCGCAUGGGCGCGGUACACGGCUGUUCCAGUACACCUCAUAUACCUUCGAUGUCGCAUUUUGUGAUAUGGUGACAACAUUGCUGCACGGAGGGUGUCUCUGCAUUGCCUCAGAUGAGGAACGCAUGAACAAUCUUGGGCAGGCUAUUCGUCUCUUUGAUGCCAACCUCAUGUACCUCACACCCUCUGUCCUGGAAAUAUUGACGCCAGAGAACUUGCCAGGAUUGAGCAAUUUGAUUGUCGGCGGCGAGGCUCUGACAACCAGCAUCGUCCGUAAGUGGGCGCACCGGACGAACCUCAUGGUGACCUACGGCCCAAGUGAAUGCACAGUCUCGUGCAUGGGAAUCAGCCGGCUGGGUCCCAAUACACCAGCUGGCAUCAUUGGGAAAGCCAUGGGCUCACGCACCUGGGUGGUGGAUACGGCCAACCCGCGGAACCUAGCUGUCGUAGGCACCGUCGGCGAGCUUUGGAUCGAGGGACCGCUGGUGGGCCGCGGAUAUAUAGAUACGACCAAAAAUCACAGCGCCUUCGUCUUCGUACCACCGUUCCUACCGGAGCUGGACCCCAGUACCCAAGUCCGGGUAUAUUGCACCGGGGAUCUAGUGCGCUACCGGGAGGAUGGCGUCCUGCAGUUUAUCGGACGACGUGACAUGCAAGUCAAGAUCCGCGGACAGAAAGUCGAGCUAGACGAAAUCAAUAUUCAUUUAGCAAAAGCCUUGCCUGAUGGAGCCAUAGGCUUGGCCGAUGCCGUCGAUGGUCUCCUCGUAGGCUUCGUUUGUUGGCCGCAAGGAACCGAUCAGGAACAGAUGAUCCCGGAGAUCGAACAUUACAUGAGUCAGGUCUUGCCACGCUACAUGGUGCCGCGGUUGUUUGUGCCGAUUCCAAGUGUGCCGAGGACCACCUCAGGGAAGCUAGAUCGAAAGGCCCUACGUGCGUAUCUGGUUGCUUUGCGGACUGCAACAGGACCUGUAUCCCAGGACUUGACAGAGAUCGAAAUUAACUUGGCGAGGCUCUGGCAAGAGGUAAUCAAGGACCCAGUCGGCGUUCUAGCCAGCGAGUCCAGCUUCUUCCGUGCAGGAGGGGACUCUCUGGCUGCGAUGAGACUGGUGCAGGCCGCUAGAAACCACGGUAUAUCAAUCCGAGUUGAUGAGAUAUUCCAGUGGCCGAAGCUGAGUGACAUGGCUGAGCAUCUCCGUGUACAGGCCGGGUUACAAUAUAGGCCCAGGUUGAGACCAUUUGACUUGGCACCCACACCAAUUGAUCCAGUCUUCAGCUCACUCUCUGACGAAUAUAACCUCGUCGAAGACCAGAUUCAAGACAUAUUCCCCGCAACCCCGAUACAAACUGCCAUGAUGGGCCUGUCCUUGCUGCAGCCAGGUGCAUAUAUCACACAAGCCCACUAUACACUGCCUACUGGUGUGGAUGUCUCCCGGUUCAAGUGCGCGUGCGAGACAGUCUACAAUCUUAGUGGAAUUAUGAGGACUCGCCUAGUUCCAGACCACGGGGCUGGCAUGCUUCAAGUGGUCUACACAGAGGCUAUUCGCUGGUACUCUUAUUCAGAUUACGCUUCAUUACUCGAGGACUACCAACAGCUGCGGAUGGGCCUGGGGGACCCCUUGGCCCGAUUCGCAAUCAUUCACAAUAUAGCAGAGAAUAGAAUACAGUUGGUUCUAGCCAUGCAUCACGCCAUCCUUGACGAUUGGUCACGGGAUCGCUUCCUCCAUAUGGUGGAAGAUGAGUAUCACGAAAUCAAGCACAAGGAUGAACGUCAAAUGAUCGGAAUGAAUGAAUGGGUAAACUACCUUCAAAAACAAGACAUAACCGCGGCCGAGGAAUUUUGGCAGACCAAACUGCAGCAUACACCUGAGCAUGGGUUUCCUGUCUUGCCUGAUGCCCAAUACUCCCCAUUAUCCAAUGCUCAUAUGCGAUGGAAAAUGCCCGUCAAUCAGCAGUAUCGUCAAACGGGCAUAACCUCAGCGAGCGUUGUGCGCGCCGCCUGGGCCUUGGUAGUUGCACAGGAGUCGAAAUCACCCAAUGCUGUGUUCGCUGUCACCUCGAAUGGUCGAGCCAUGUCGUUUCCCGGCGUCGAACUCGUGGAUGGCCCAACGGUGUUGACAACACCGGUGCUGAUCACGGUGGGACCUGAUGAAUCGUUGAGUUCUCUUCUAAAACGUGUCCAGCGUCAGACGGCAGAAAGUAUGCCGUUUGACCACCUAGGGAUGCAUAGAAUCAGUAAGCUGUCACUCGCGUGUCAGCGAGCUACGCGUUGCCAGAGCAUUCUGGUCAUUCAGACCGCGGAGGACCCUCUCUUAAAUAGUGAUCUCUUCACACCAGAUCAUGCAGCCAAACUCACCCCUAUGACAUACGCCUUGACACUAAAGGUCAGGCUAGGGCAUGACAGCAUUGAGGUCCUUGCUCAAUACGACGAUCGAGUGCUCACCAUCGCUGAGGUACACCGGUUACUGUCCCGCUGGGAGAGUCUGAUGCAGGCCAGGAACGACACAAUCACGGACAUCAUAGGCCUCAAAGUGGGUGUCAUCGACAAGGCCACCCGCCCAUCAGUCGUCCCCAGCAUGUCACAAACUGAGGCGCAACAGGGAGACGCGCAAGCGUACUGGGGGCAACUAUUUGCUGGCACGCUGCCAGCCAAGUUCCCAUUGUUAACUGACGCCCAUUAUCGUCCCGUAUCGACUGGAGAGUUGCGGAUAAGUAUCCCCAUAGACUACGGCUAUGCUGUUGGGGACAUCCCACUUACCGCAGUACUACGCGGGGUCUGGGGUCUGCUCAUGAGCCAAUACAGCAACUCGUUGGACGUCAUCUUUGGGAUGAUGCUACAGGGACAAACCGUGCCAGUGCGUCUCCAGCUAGACGAGGGAAAGCAGAGUCUACUACAGUUCUUUGACAGGGUUCAAAACGAGGCGAAGUCGACGGAGCCUUUUAUGCACCUCGAGCUACAGAAUAUUAGUGCUUUGUCGGACCAAGCUGCGGCUGCCUCUCAGUUUCAAAGUAUCUUGGCCAUCAUGGACGAUGACCGCGACACUGGAGAGGACGGGUUGAACGGGUCUUUGGCGCAAUACGCCUUGGCACUUGUCAUUAGACCCAGAACCCAGCACUUUGAAAUAUGUGCUCGUUUCGACCCCCAUGUGUUGACUCAUACACAGACUCGCCGUCUCCUUGGCCAGUAUACCCACGGUCUUCAGCAGUGCUGGAAUGCUCAGUGGAAGCAGAUGGCCGUGCAAGAUAUUACCUGGACAGGCUCGGAGGAUAUUCAAGCCAUCCAGAGCUGGAAUGCGAAGCAGGCGAGAGAGCCCAUGGCACAGAGUAUCCCCAGAAAGUUUGACGAGGUAACCGGACUCUAUCGAGAUAUGACUGCUAUUGACUCAUGGGAUGGUACUUUUACUUAUGCGCGCCUCGAUCAAUAUUCCACGUCGUUGGCGCACGUGCUCGUCGAAAAGGGAGUCAAGUCAGAAACCGUGGUCGCCAUCUGUCUGCACAAAUCAAAAUGGGCUGUCGUCGCAAUGAUGGCAGUCCUUAAAGCCGGAGCAACCGUCAUCUUUCUCGAUCCCUCCCAUCCCAUCAUUCGCUUGCAGGCUAUAUUGGAUUUGACUCAUGCCCACCUGAUCCUUGCCUCUCCCCACACUAGGCAAAAGAUCCGUCAUGGCGACAUUCCGGUCAUGGAUGUGAUUGAUUCUGUGGCUGACCCUGCGUCAGCCAACAGUCGUUGCCUACCAGAUGUAUCACCCUCUAACGCUGCCUUUAUUGUGUCGACCUCUGGGACCACUGGAAAGCCCAAGGCAAUUGUACUGGAGCACGGUGCCGUCUGUGUGUCGGCAUUGUCCGUGGCCCAGACAGCCGGCAUUACCCCUGGUAUCCGGUUCUUCCAGUUUGCCAAUUACACAUUUGAUGUGAGCUACGGUGAUAUGCUGGGAACAUUGCUCUAUGGAGGAUGUUUGUGUAUUCCAUCCGAGGAUGAGCGUAUGGGCGACCUUGCGGGCGCUAUAGUCCGCAGCCGGGCCAGCGUCAUCACCCUGACGCCAACAGUCGCAACCCUUCUUCGUCCCUCGGAGGUUCCCGAGCUACGCACAAUGAUACUCGCCGGUGAAGCCAUCACAAGUAAUCUCAUCGAAAGCUGGGCUAAUCAAGUCAACCUAAUUGUCCUGUAUGGUCCGGCCGAAGCUACCAUCUAUUCCACAGGUCAGGCACAUUUAUCCCGCAUUGAUCCAAGUGGUAUAAUCGGCCGUGCCCUUGGAUGCACAACGUGGGUGCUCGAUGUAACUCAUCGCGACGCGUGCGUGCUGGCACCGGUUGGUGCUGUCGGUGAGCUUGCUAUUGAAGGCUCUAUCGUGUCGCGUGGUUACCUUGAGGCCCCAGUGGAGACGCAGGCCUCUUUUGUCUCUGCUGUCAAUCUCAUUCCCGGCGCGCCAACAUCACAGCAUCGACUGUAUAGGACUGGCGAUCUGGUUCGCUACCUCGAAGAUGGUCGGUUGCAGUUUAUUGGCCGCCGUGAUCAACAGGUGAAGUUUUAUGGACAGCGAAUUGCACCCGAAGCCAUCGAAUGCGAGAUCCAGCGAUUGCUUCCUGCCAAAGUACAGACGGCCGUGCUUGUCGUCGUACCUAAGGAUCAUGACCAGCCGCUUCUAGUCGCCACCAUCUAUAUCGAGCCCGAACAGCCUGACCAUGGUUCUCUAAGGGUCCUGCGUGGUAGCCAGGCUCCCAAAGAGCUGGCGACUCUUAUCCCUGGGAUGGCCGAUCAACUGCGGGCAACCCUUCCUUCACACAUGGUCCCUAGCGUCUUCCUGCCCAUAUCGCACAUUCCCUUGACGGGUUCUGGUAAGAUGGACUAUACCACGCUGCGGACAUGUUGUCAAGAUCUGAAACGAGGCGAACUGAUGGCGGUUUGGCCCCCUACUUCACCCAGGCAAUCAGAUGCAAUCCCGGAGCAACGUCUCCUUGCGACAGCUUGGGCUGAAGUCCUGGGCUGCGAUGAGGAGACAUUAGAUGCCAACAGCGACUUUGUCAAACUUGGCGGGAAUUCCCUACAUGCUAUCCUCUUGGUCACAGCCAUGGGCAUCCGUGGGUUUCGGCUAAGCGUCAAGCAAAUAUUUGCGCACCCGCAGCUCGCUAGUAUGGCCUCUUUGGUAACUAAGCGCGAUGCCAAAAAGGACAGGGCCAAGCCGAAAGUCAUCAAACCGUUGUCUAUGUGCCCGAUUGACAUCGAGACGGUGAGGAAGGCCUUGGAAGAGCAGAGCGGAAAGCCCGCGGGGAUCAUAGAGGAUGUCUACCCAUGUAGCCCCUUACAGGCCGGCCUGAUGGCGUUGUCUCUGACAGAACCUCGGUCCUAUUUGGCUCAGUUCACUUACAAACCGCCUAUUGGUACCAGUAUCACACAGUUUUGCGCGGCUUGGGAGACCGUAUUCCAGCGUAGCCCCAUGCUGCACACUCAUAUCGUUUUACUUGAGGAAAUGCUGCAGGUUGUUGUGAAAGACCAAAUCUCGUGGCAGAUAAUUGACGAUCUCGACCAGUAUCUGGCCGCAGAUUUAGACUCACCGACUGGUCUGGGACAGCCGCUGGUACGAUUUGCACUGAAAGGAGAUGCAGUUGUGUUUACUAUCCAUCAUGCUCUUUACGAUGGAUGGUCGUUGGCCGCGCUGUUGGACGAUGUGAGUAAGGUAUCCCGCGGUCUGGAUGCGAACCCACGUAUCCCCUAUAAUGUCUUCAUCCACCAUCUGCGGGCAAUGGACCGCGCCGCCGCAAUCAAGUUCUGGUCGGAGCGCUUAGAAAAGGCUCCAGCGCCGGCUUUUCCCGUGCUCCCUUCGCCGGGUUAUCGUCCCUACGCGGACAAGAGAUAUGAGCUAACAACGAAGCUGCCACCACGAGAAUCAUCACAUAUAACGCAGGCAACUGUUUUUCGCACUGCCUGGGCGCUCGUGAUGGCUCGGUACGCCUCCAUGACCGACGUGGUCUUCGGAAGUACUUUGAGCGGCCGGACACUGCCUAUUCGCGGCAUUGAAAAUAUCGAUGGGCCUACUAUUGCCACGGUACCCGUACGAGUGACUUUCAAAACGGACCAGACAGUCCACAGUCUUCUUGAAGCAGUGCAGCAGGACAGAAUAGAGACAAUACCCUUUGAGCAAUUAGGACUGCAAAACAUCAAGAAAGUGUCCGAAACAGCCCGCCAGGCAUGCGAUUUUCAGAGCAUGCUGGUCAUUCAGAACUACAACCCUGCCAAUGAGUCAUCUGAUGCAUCUGAGGCAUCUUCCCUGGAACUCCAGCGUGCGCGUGUUCACUUGUCACACCUGCUUACUGUGGAUGUUACCCCAAUGGGCACCGAGGUCGAGUUUCUUGCCCGCUUCGAUGGCGAGGUGUUGGAUAUGCAACAGGUGCGGCGUUUAUUAUAUCAGACGCAUCAUGUUAUUGUACAGCUGUGGAAUGUGGAUCCCAGAGCCACGGUUAAGGAUAUCGAAAUUUUAUCUCCUGAAGACCGCCAGGACAUUGUGCGGUGGAAUGACUAUCCUGUUGACGCCAUAGAGUCUGAUCUACCGACACUAAUUGCUCAACGGACGUCUACACAGCCCACCUCCCCCGCGGUCCGGGCUUGGGAUGGCGAGCUAACCUAUCGCGAACUGCACCAGCUCUCAGCUAACCUAGCAGGCCAUCUAAGAGACCUUGGGGUCCGAAAAGGCCAACCAAUACCAUUGUGCUUUGAGAAAUCGGCCUGGACAGUUGUCGCGAUGCUGGGAAUACUCAAGGUAGGGGCUACCGUGGUACCCCUGGAUGCCAACCACCCAGUCGGCCGGAUUGUCACUAUUGUGCAGGCGGUCAAGGCAAGCUUGAUGGUAGCAUCUGCACUCCAGGCACCACGGUUCCAGGAUCAGGACUGGGACAUGGUGACGCUUUCGCCUGCAACGAUUCAGGCUUUCGAGUUUCCAGUUGAGCCUUUACCUGCCAUUUCGCCCAGCGAUGUGGCACUCAUCAUGUUCACCUCGGGGUCAACUGGUGUCCCUAAAGGUAUUCUUAUGGACCAUGUUUGCUUGUGCUCCAGCAUCAUCACACAUUCCUCCAUCCUCAGCAUCCCGCCUCACAUUAAUGUCUUGCAGUAUUCCGCCUACACUUUUGACCACAGCAUCUUCGAGAUCUACACUACUCUGGUAACUGGGGGAUGCGUCUGCGUGCUCUCCGAUGAUGAACGGAUGAAUAGCCUGGUGGACAGCAUGCGCCGCAUGGAGAUCGACUGGGUUUACUUCACCCCAUCUAUCGCCAAGCUUAUUCACGUAGACGAUGUCCCGACGCUAUCCACACUCUACGUCGGUGGUGAACCUGUUCCACGCUCACUCAUUGACGAAUGGGCGACAGCCAAAACCAUGAUCAAUGCCUAUGGCCCUGCUGAGUGUUCAAUGGUGUCUUCGUGCGUUUUGGCACCGACCUCACCGGUGGGCACUAUCGGCCGACCCCAAGCUGGCCGCACCUGGAUCGUUGAACCCGACGACUACAACCGCCUCGCACCAGUCGGCGUGAUGGGCGAGAUGGUAUAUGAAGGGCCCAUGGUGGCCCGGGGCUACCUAAAUGAUACUCCAUCCAGCGGCUUCAUUAAUCGACCCAAGUGGGCAUCUCCCGACACGCCCUUCCGAUUUUAUCGGACCGGUGACUUGGGCCGGUAUGAGUCUGACGGAAGUCUUGUAUUUGGGGGACGUAAGGAUACUCAGAUCAAGCUCCGUGGCCAGCGCGUGGAGCCGGGAGAAGUCGAGUCUCAGAUCCAAAAACUAUUGCCCGACAUUGCUCUUGCGGUGGAGGUCGUAGUCACUGCCGAUGGUGAUGGAACACCGUCGCUGGCUGCCUUCCUCGUAGUAGUGGAUGAUGACUUUGGAGUUUCUCAGGAGCCAAUGGAUCUGAUUGACGUCUCACAAGAAGCCAAGCGCCGAAUUAGCAGUCUGAUCGCCGGGCUCGAGGAAGCGCUGCUCCGAACUCUACCAGAGUAUAUGGUUCCAACAGUCUAUCUACCCCUGCGUAUGCUGCCGUUGACAACUUCUGGCAAAGUUGAUCGAAAGAUCCUUCGGCAGUUAGGCAAGCAACUAACAGUCGCUCGCUUGGCAGCUUUGACCACGGCAGCUGAAUAUAGUCCGCCCCUGACUGAUGCUGAGGUCACUCUGCAGGACCUCUGGUCGGCUGUGUUGAACAUAGACAAGACAACCAUCAGCGCGGAAAACAGCUUUCUUCGACUCGGAGGAGACUCCAUCACAGCUAUCCGACUUGUCCGGGCCACUCGCGAAGCUGGCUUUCGACUUGAUGUUGAGCAAGUCUUCCAUUACCCAAUACUGCAUGAGAUGGCCAGCAAUAUGCGUCCAUUAAAUCUCGAUGAUGAGAGGUCAGCACCGCCUGUGGCUCCAUUCUCCUUGUUGAGCGGCCCUAUCGACACUUUGGUAAGGCAAGUCGCCCUCCAGUGCAACGUAGAGCCCAGCUCUAUCGAAGAUAUAUACCCAUGCACCGCCAUGCAGAGUGGGCUUAUGUUUCUGUCCGCUCGCGAACCAGGCACGUACAUUGCGCAGACUACAUACUGUCUCAACCAGCCAUUCUCCAAGUUCCGAGCGGCAUGGUUGGCUCUGGUUGCUUUAACUCCUUUGCUCCGCACCUGCAUUGUUCAGCACGAGUCUGAUCAUCUACAAGUCGUGCUCAAAGACGCACCCGCUAUCAACACAGUGCAGAAGAUAGAUGCGUCGUUUCUGGAGACUGAGAGACAGCAGCUCACCAAGGGUCGGGUGCUGUCUCGUCUGGCAUUGUGUGAAUCACCUGAUGGUACCACUCGGGCCGUCUUCACACUACACCACGCCGUGUAUGAUGGCUGGUCACAAGCCCUGUUGAUCGAUCGCCUACAAAACCUUCUCAAAGGGCGUCCAAUUGCCCCAUCGCCAUCCUUUACACGCUUUAUUUCUCACAUCCAAACCGCAUCGGCAUCGGACGAAGAGUUCUUCUGGAAGACACAGCUCGCAGAUGCGGUGCCAGUCUCAUUCCCACAAUUGCCAACAAUUGGGUACCGUCCGAGGCCGAUGACAGUUCUCGACUAUCAUAUUGUACAAAAACGGAUUCUAGCCUCGGAUUUCACCGAGUCUACAAGGAUCCGCGCGGCGUGGGCUCUGCUUGUCUCACGGUACCUUGAUCAGCGGCACGUCACGAUCGGCGUCACUGUCAACGGGCGAGGUGCUAGCGUCCCUGGUAUUGAUCGGAUCUUGGGACCAAUGCUUACUACCGUGCCUGUGACGAUCGACACCAGUCGAACUACUCAAGUUUCCGAGUACUUAUCAGCUAUCCAAAGGCAGGCGGUAGAGAUGCAGGCAUACGAGCAGUACGGACUGCAGCAUAUCGCCGCCAUCAACGACAAGAUACGGGCCGUCUGCGACUUCCAUAGUCUCUUGGUGAUCCAUUAUAAGGGGUGGUCAGCGCCCGGGGAUCAGGCACAACCCUUCUGGAUACCUGAACGGGACUGCAUUAAGCGUCCAUUCCAUGCCUUUGCGCUGAGUAUAGAGUGUACUGUACAGAGGGAUGGAGUCGCCGUCCACGCCACCUACGACGAUGGGGUGAUUGAUCCUCGCGCUAUGAAGCGAAUCGUCUAUCAGUUUGAGCAUAUCCUGCAACAGCUGGGUACUCCUGAUGUGUUGUUAUCCGCUCUGGAUGACAUUGAACUUAUUAGUCCCGCUGACCAGGCCGAGUUAGCUGUCUGGAAUGCUGUCGUGCCGGCUCCAACUAUGGCUUGUAUCCAUCACUUGGUUGAGGACCAGAUAAAGCAGCGGCCCGAAGCGCCUGCCGUCGCCUCAUGGGAGGGAGGCUUUACCUUCCGACAGUUGGACACCUUUGCCUCGUCACUGGCCGAACAUCUACGAGAGACAAGCGAUAUAGGCCCCGGAGUCCUAGUACCCCUCCUCUUCGAGAAGUCCAUCUAUACCGUGGUGACUAUGCUGGCGGUGCUCAAGGCUGGCGGUGCCUGUGCAGCUCUGGAUCCAGCCCAUCCAACAGAGCGGCUGCGUGGUAUUCUGGAAGAUGUCCAAGCCACCGUAGUACUGGCCAGUACUUCUAACCUUGCCAAAGCGGUAGAACUACGACUUCCAGUAAUUGCCGUCGACCAAGUCCUGUUGGAUAAUCUGGUCACCACCCCUUUGAAGCUCUCGCCAAGCACAGUGGGACCCGAAGAUCCUGCUAUUAUUCUUUUUACCUCAGGUAGUACUGGCAAGCCAAAGGGUAUCGUUAUCGAUCAUCGUGCCUUUGCUAGCAGCAUCCGCGGCCACAGCGAGACUCUGCGUUAUCGGGCUGGAUCUCGUAAUCUUCAGUUCACCGCGUAUACAUCGGAUGUUAGCUAUGGUGAAAUUUUCAGCUCGCUCUCUGCGGGUGCUUGUGUAUGCAUUCCGUCUGAAGAUGAACGCGUAAAUGGUCUCGCUGGUGCUAUGGAGCGACUGCGCGUUGACUGGGCCUUUCUGACACCAAGUGUUGCCUCGAUAUUGGACCCGCAGACAGUACCGACACUACGGACGCUUGUGUUUGGCGGAGAGACGGCCACCGCUAAGAACAUCCAGACAUGGGCUGAUGCUGUUUAUCUAAUUAAUAGUUUUGGUCCAGCAGAGUGCUCGAUAUGGAACUGCUGUAACCCGGGCAUUAGCACACGCGAUAUUGGCUCCAAUAUCGGCAAAGGGCUCGGCUGCGCACAAUGGAUCGUCGACCCCAACGAUGAUACUCGCCUCGCUCCUAUUGGCACAGUAGGAGAGUUGGUCGUGGAAGGGCCUAAUGUUGCCAAGGGUUAUCUCCACCUCCCUGAGAAGACUAAGGCGGUUUUUAUCCCAAGCCCUCCAUGGGUGCCCGAAAGUCGCCGGUCGACAAGUCGGCUAUAUAAAACCGGCGAUCUGGCAACAUUCAUGCCUGAUGGAAAUGUCCAUUUCCUCGGCCGCCGUGAUGCACAGGUCAAGCUACAUGGCCAGCGUCUAGAGCUGGGAGAAGUCGAACACCAGUUGCGUCAAUAUCUUCCCAGCAACCUACCCGAAGUAGCCGCCGAGAUGGUCUGCCCAGCCGGCGGAGCACAACUUCUAGCAGCUUUUGUCAAUAUCCGGCCAGUUCUGACCGAUGAGUCGACCGGAGAUUCGGACCUGGCAAUGUCUGAUGCCGCGAUCGACUGGCUUGGGAGGCAUUUCCCGGGCUUAGAGGACGCAUUGGCGGAACGAUUGCCGCGAUUCAUGAUUCCUUCGCUGAUUGUGCCUCUGACUCGAAUGCCUUUGUCUGGUUCAGCUAAAACCGAUCGCGGGCGUCUGAGACAGAUUGUUCGGGAAAUGACUAGGGAGCAGAUCGCUCGCCUCCAUGCCUGCCGUAUAACCAGGCGCAUUGCUCCAACGACAGACCGCGAACGGCGGCUACAGCAGCUGUGGGCCAAGGUACUGGAUCUAGAACCGACAACUCGCAAGGAAGGCUUCAGCCUUUCCGUCCAGGUUAUCUUCGACCAUGCGAAGCUUAGCGCUAUGGCAGCAGCUAUGAAUGAGUUUGAUAUAAGGUCUAUGGAGCCUGUACGCCCGUUUUCUCUAUUAUCGUCGACAGAUGAUCUCAAUGGUUUGGGAGACGAUGCUGCUCAGCAAUGCGGCGUUUCUAAACAUGAAGUUGUUGACCUGUAUCCAUGCACUUCCUUGCAGGCUGGUCUGAUGGCACAGUCACUCAAACAGCCGGGUACAUAUAUAGGACACUUCGUCCGUCAGAUACCAGAAACCGUUGACAUCAACCGGUUUCGUGCUGCUUGGAUAACAAUGGCCCGCCAGGAGAUACUCAUGCGCACGCGGAUAAUCCAGUCGGCUGUCGGACUAUUACAAGCGGUUGUCAGCAGUGAUAUCGAUCCCGCCUGGCAUUCGUUGCUGACAAUUGAAGAUUUCACACAAAAGACAUCAGUCAUGGAGCUGGGCCAGCCACUUGUCCACUUUGGCGUUAUUGAAUCGGAGAGGGUCUUUCUGCUAACACUGCAUCAUGCCGUCUAUGAUGCGUGGACUCUAGACCUACUAUUUGAAGGUGUUCACGCUAUUUACGAACGCGGACAAGGAUCGGAAAAUCCUACAGACUUCCGUCACUUUGUCCAGCAUAUGCAGAGUCAAAGCCAGGAGGAAGCUCGGAAUUUCUGGACCGAACAACUCGCUAGUACUCCGCUACCGUCGUUCCCUCGCCUGCCGUCAGCUCGCUACAUCCCUUCUACGGACUCAAUACUUACUUGUGACGUUUCUCUGCCGUCCUCAAGGAGCUCGAGGAUCCUAGCCUCUACUGUCAUCACUGCUAGCUGGGCCGCUGUGGUUGCUAGGCACUCCGAUGUCACCAACGAUGCUAUCUUCGGCGUGACCUAUAGCGGCAGGAGUGCUCCCGUAGCUGCUAUCGAGCGAAUAAUGGGGCCAACCAUUGCUACUGUACCCUUUCGGGUGCAAAUAGACGAAGACCAACUUGUGGAGAGCUUCUUGUCUGAUAUUCAGCGGCAAGCCACUGCCAUCCGCAAAUUUGAGCAGUAUGGACUGCCAAACAUCAGGGGAAUCAGCGAGCAGGCGGUCGAUUUCCAGUCAUUGCUAGUUAUUCAGGCCGCAGCCGACGUGCCGUCCGAGGCCUGGCUACCACCCGUCCAGAGGGACCGUGGGCAACAGACAUUCCACAACUUUGCGCUAAGCGUGGAAUGCACUAUGAGCGGUUCUCAGAUUUACGUUGUGUGUAACUACGACUCCAAUGUUAUUCCGGAGCGACAGCUACGCCGUCUCAUGAAUCAAUUCAUGCACGUCAUUCAGCAGCUGGCCGUUCCUCAAGCAAACCAGCGGCUGCACGAGAUCCAAGUGGCAAGCCCUGAGGACCUGGCUGAGAUUGAGCAGUGGAAUUUCGAUAUAUCUGAGCAUGACAACCGCCUCGUCCAUCAUGUGGUACAUGAAACAGCUAGCAAACAACCCACAGCACCCGCCAUUGUAUCGUGGGACCGCAACUUUACCUACAAGCAGCUCAAUGAGACGGCUGGGUCACUGGCUAACGCUCUGGUGGCCAGUGGUGUCACUGUAGGCCAACGGGUACCGUUUCUGUUCGAAAAGGGCUCUUGGGCUAUCGUUGCCAUGCUGGCCAUCCUUAAGGCCGGCGCAGCCUGUGUUGCUCUUGACCCUGAGCAGCCUUUUGCUCAUAUCCGCGAUAUAAUCUCCCAAGUUAGGGCGAAGACUUUGCUUACUAGUGACAUUCAAUACAAUGUUGCUGAGAAUCUUGAAGAUAAUGGUUCCUUGAACAUAAUCCCUGUUGGACCCGUUCAUCGGACCAGUUGGGAGGCAUUUCCAUGUGUCUCACACUGCGAAGCCACGCCUCAAGAUGGAGCAUUCGUCCUGUUCAACUCUGACAGCACCGGGACGCCACAAGGUACCAUCAUCCAUCAUGCAGCCUUUUGCAGCAGUAUCCGUGGUCAUGGCGAGGUGCUGCGCUUCUAUCGUGGACCGGGGUCUCGAAACCUCCAGUUCGCAGCAUAUACAUCUUAUGUGAGCAUUGGGGAGAUAUUCACCUCACUCGCACUUGGGGCGUGUAUAUGUGUGCCUUCAGAUGAGGAGCGUACACAAAACUUAGUAGGCGCUAUAGAACGAAUGACGGUUGACUGGGCUUUCCUGACACCUAGCAUCGCAUCUAUCCUGUUGCCAGCUGCUGUGCCAACAAUACGCACUUUGGUCCUUGGCGGAGAGGUGCCAUCUAGAAAGGUCAUUGAGGAUUGGGCGGAUUCUGUCUAUUUAAUUAACAGCUUUGGGUAUGUUGAGUCCUCUGUCUGGACUCACUGUGCCCCAGGAGUCCCGACUAGUCACGACGGGUCCAAUAUAGGACAUCAGAUGCACUGUCGAACCUGGAUUACAGAUCCGGGAGACUCGCGUCGCAUGGCUCCAAUCGGCGCCAUUGGCGAGAUGCUCAUCGAAGGUCCGAAUAUCGCACAAGGCUAUCUCGACCAAGAUGCAACCGAGGCCCAUUUCAUUACUAUCAACCAGUCAGGUAAGGCGAAGCGCGUGCUCUACAGAACCGGCGAUCUUGCCCGCUACCUCCCAGAUGGCUCGGUGCAGUUCCUGGGCCAGCGGGAUAUGCAGGCUAAAAUACGCGGCCAGCGCAUCGACCUAGCUGAGACCGAACAAGAGUUGCGCAAGCAACUCCCUGUCCUGCGUGAGAUUGCCGUUAUGAUGGUCCGACUGGGCAGUGAGGAAUCGCCUCUGACUCUGGCCACCUUCUUUAAUAUCUCCUCUUAUAUGGGAUUCCCAGCGUCGACAAACCAGAUAUCUUCCACAAAGGCUGUCGUGGCUAACAGUCCUGCGGCUCGACAAUCCACAGCGAUCCUGCUUGAGGGGCUCACAGAGAGGCUGGCACACGUUUUACCGGCGUAUAUGAUUCCUUCGGUGUAUAUUCCAGUAUGGGCAAUGCCUCUAUCUUCGUCAGCCAAGAUUGAUCGAAGACACCUGCAGACAUUGGCCCUGAAACUGUCUGCCGAGGAGGUUGCCUCGUUCGCCCUUAUUCCCUCAGCUAAAUGUAGUCAGGCGCUAUCGACACCCCGCGAGAAGCUGCUGGCCCGCUUGUGGGUGGACGUCCUUGGCAUCGAUAGUGUCUCAGCCGACGAUCAUUUUGUCAGUCGUGGCGGCGACUCUCUGACUGCCAUGCGGCUGGUUCGGGAUGCCCAGAGAAACGGAUUGACGCUGUCAGUAGCCACUAUAUUCCAGUAUCCCAUCCUUAGUGAUAUGGCAGUCGCCACUGAGGACCUGGCUCCGGAAAAUGGCACAUCUGCUAACAUGUUGUUGGACCAUGAUGUCCCGCCUCCUUUUUCCCUGGUUCCUCCAGAGACCAAGGAUGUGUCCAAGUUAGUAGCAGAGGUCGCGAAACUUUUGCAGGUGGAUGAUGUAACUAUCCAAGAUGUGCUGCCAUGCUCUCCGUUACAAGAGGGCCUGGUUGCUUUGUCUUUGCAACGACCUGGAAGCUACAUGGCGCAGUUUGUAUAUUAUGUCCCUGCCACAAUCGACUCAGCACGUCUCCAGGACGCCUGGCAGGUAGUGAUCAACUCUAGUAACAUUCUACGCACCCGCAUAAUUCACUUGGUCAGCUCAACUCGCAUGAUGCAAGUUGUCCUGAAACCCAAGGCUGUUGCUUGGGAGCAGGCGUCGGACCUGGAUGCUUAUCUUGCCAAGAACCAGCACAAAGCUAUGGGAAUGGGGGACCCUCUUGUCCGGAUCGCUCUAAUAUCCAAAUCUGACAAAUCCAACCUUGUGCUCACUAUGCAUCAUGCAAUCUACGACGAGCAGUCCCUACAGCUCCUGUGGGCAUCAGUCAAGAGCGCCUACCGCGGACUCGUCCUGCCUCGCCGUCUUCCCUUCUCAUGCUUUAUCCGUCACAUUCAAGAUAGAGAUACAGAUACGGGAUCAGCCGCGGCCUUUUGGAAGGCACAAUUGAACGGCGCUCCAGCUCCCUCGUUCCCAACUCUCCCUACCACGGCAACUAUCUUCCAUGCCCGUCCAGAUAAGCAACUUCAGGCGACCAUGUCACUCACCCGCCUAAACAACACUCACAUCACUGCGGCUGGACUUAUCCGUGCCGCCUAUGCACUAUGGCUCUCGCUCCACACGGCCAGUGACGAUGUCGUUUUUGGAACCACCAUGAGCGGGCGUACAGCCCCACUGCCCGGUAUUGAUGUCAUUGACGGCCCGACCAUUGCGACCGUUCCCGUGCGGGUGCUUUGUAGCCGAGAUCAAACAGUAGGCGACUAUUUACAGCAAGUUCAGCGGCAGGCCGCCGAUAUGCUCUCUUUUGAGCAGACGGGUCUACAGAAUAUCGGACUCAUUAACGACAGCGCGCAGACGGCGUGUAAUUUCCGUACACUCCUCGUCAUCCAAGCGGUGCCGGACUCCGAAGCAUCCAGGGUGACAAAGCCGGAGGCCGAACUGGACUGCCCACUUCUCCCUGGUGGCACUGUUAACGCGGUAUUCCACACUCUUCCGCUUAUUCUUGGGUGCUCACUACUGCCAGACGGCCGAGUCCGUCUCGAGCUGCUUUACGAUUCACGCGUUCUGAGCCCUAUCGACUCAAAACGAAUGCUACAUCAAUUCCAGCACCUUCUCCUGCAGCUGGCCAACUCCCAGCCUGACCUAGCUCUGGGCGAGGUAGCUGCUCUUCCUCCAAGUGAGGUUGCAAUGGUUCGCCAGUGGAACAGUCACCCUCUAUCCGCACUGCCAGCCUGUUUAUAUACGAAGUUGGCCAAGAUCGCCCAGAGACAGCCUGGCCGCCAAGCAGUAACGGCAUAUGAUGGCCAAUAUACCUAUUGCGAGCUACUCGGCCAAGCAUCUCUCGUAGCCCGUCGUCUGAUUGAAGCUGGCAUUGAUGCCGGAACAUUAGUGCCUAUUUGCUUUGAACGCUCAUCAUGGUCGAUAGUGGCAAUGCUCGGUGUGUGGAUGGCGGGUGCUGCCUUUGUUCCUCUGGAUCCUUUGCAGCCAGCCAGUCGUCUCGAGGAUAUUAUUACACAGUCAGCAGCUCCGCUUGCCCUUGUUAGCGCUACUUCACGGGUUAUCAUUGAACCUUUAUUACCUGUGUUGGAGCUCUCUGCCGUUGCGUUGAAUGGGGAGCAGACACUUGCAUCUGCAAAGAACCCUGAACUGCGACCUGCUAACCCUCUCGCCCCAGCCUACGUUCUAUUUACAUCUGGUAGCACCGGGCGGGCCAAGGGGGUCGUCAUCGACCAUCAGACACUGUACACCAGUCUUGAAGGCCACCUAGAGCCGCUACAGCUGGGUCCAGACACACGCUUUCUGCAGUUUGCCACGUACACGUUUGACAUUUCUAUCGCUGAGAUAUUCGACGCUCUUCUUGCUGGAGGGUGCGUAUGUGUGCCUUCGCCUGAUAUUAAGCUUAUAGGCGAGGCAAUGGAGGCGAUGCAAGUAAAUACAGCUUGCUUUACACCGUCGGUUAUACAGCAUCUCCGCCCAGAAGAGGUGCCUAGCCUGCGAACUUUGAUCCUUGGUGGCGAGGCAAUUCGCCCAGAACAUGUCGACACUUGGGCCAGUCAUGUGACACUCUUUAACGGAUACGGGCUUACCGAGACAUGUAUCCUAGCUACUCUGCAACGUAUCACAUCACGGGCUUCUGCGGCUACAAAGACCACCACAUGCAACAGUAGCAUCGGUACCGCUGUUGGAUGCCAUGCGUGGAUUGUCAACCCAGAUAAUCAUCACCAACUGCUACCGCUAGGUGCCAUCGGCGAGCUCCUCGUCAGCGGUCCUAUUCUGGCGCGUGAGUACCUUAAUGACCCUAGUCGCACCGCUGUUGCCUUUGUCUCUGUGCCAGAGCUUGGGUCUGGGCGCUUUUUGAAGACCGGCGAUCUUGUUCAAUAUGGCCCCGAGGGCUCGAUCCGGUACAUCGGCCGCAAAGAUAAUGUCAUCAAGCUGCGUGGACAGCGAAUCGACCUUGGCGAGGUCGAAUUCCGGGUGAAGGAAGCAUUUUCGAAUGUAUCCAGCUUGGCCGUUGUGCUGGCUAAGCGCCGUGACACGCCGUCAUUGGCAGUGUUCUUCUGCCCCAGAGUACCAGGGGAAGAGGCAACCACUGAAAGGAACAUCACACUAGGCACUCUAACCCCUGAGCAGAUUGUCGACUGCCAGUCUGCACAAGCUACUGUAGCUCGCUACUUACCCUCCGUUAUGGUGCCAUCCCUAUGGAUUCCUGUCAACAAUAUGCCGCUCACGGGGGCAGGGAAGCUGUUUAGUAGGCAUCUGCAGCAAAUGCUGGACAAUGCAUCUGAAGAUCUCCAUCAUCACUACGCCCUCGCUCACAUCAAACAUACAGAAGGUCUGAAUCCUACAACUCCGAUAGAGCAGUCACUACAGGUCAUAUGGGCGGAGACUCUGGGCCUAGAUCGAGCCAGAAUCGGUCCAAACGACUCGUUCUUCCGCCUAGGAGGAGACUCACUAUCUGCUAUCCGACUCGUCGCCAUAGCCGAAGCCAGAGGCUUAAAUUUAAGUGUUCAAGGAGCUUUUAACAACCCGACACUUGUUGAAAUGGCACAGAUUACUAGCUAUCGAGGUGAUGUUAGUGUGGAAGACGAAGUUGCGCCGUUCUCGCUUAUACCUUCUCCGACAGAGGCACUCAGAGAAGCAUGCCGCCAGUGCGGCGUGGCUGAAGAUGAGAUUAUUGAUAUAUAUCCCUCAACACAUCUUCAAGAUGGCCUUAUGGUCCUAUCUAUCAAGCAACCCGGCACAUACAUUGCAAGCUUCGCGUUCACCCUCCCGGACUCUCUAGACUUGUCGCGGUACCGCGCCAGUUGGAACAAAGUCGUCGCACAGCUUCCCAUUCUGCGAACACGCAUAGCUUACACUACAGACAGUGGGUUCCAGCAGGUCGUCUUGAGCACCGAGAUGCGCUGGACGGAAUACAAAACGGAUACUCUGCAGAGCGCCUUGACUAGCGAACGAAAUAUGAUGAGGACCUCCAUCGGGCAGCCACUAAGUCAAUAUGCUAUAAUCCGAAACCCGGGUGGGGAACGCGUCUUUGUCUGGACUGCCCAUCACUCCAUCUAUGAUGGGCGGACAGUAGCCGAAGUCAUUGCUUUAGUUGAACAGACCUAUUUUGACUUGGCCAACGAUACCACGGCCAAAUCUUUGCCAGAUGGCGCUGUGCCCGCCGUGCCAUUCAAUCGAUUUAUCCGAUAUCUUGGCGAGCAAAACUCAGAUCAAGUAGCUGAGUACUGGCGGGAGCACCUCGCCGGCGUUCCCUCGCCGACAUUCCCGGCGCUGCCCGCGAUCGAUUACCAACCAGUAGCCAACGCCGCUGUAGACCAUCUUAUAAUCCUAGGGUCGUCACAGCGGGUAUCAGAGGGAAACGUCACCAUGGCCACCAAGCUCCGAGCAACCUGGGGUCUACUGCUAAGCCUAUAUGAGAAUUCCCAUGAUGUCAGCUUCGGCACUACACUUAGCGGUCGCAACUCAGGUAUCACUGGCAUUAAUUCUAUUAUGGGUCCUACCAUAGCCACAGUUCCCAUUCGCAUCCAAGUGCCCGAUCUUACAUUACCUAUUGGGCGGUGGCUUGAGACAGUCCAGCAACAAGCGGUCGAGAUGAUCCCCUUUGAACAGGUUGGCCUACAGACAAUCCGCAAGUUGCAUAAUGACGCCCGCACUGCUGUAGAUUUCCGGACCUUGUUUCUUGUGCAGAACAUGCGCUUCGGCAAUACUGAACAUCAGAGCCGCCUAGGGCUGGAGCAACUGGCUGGUCAGUCGGGCUCUUUCUAUACCUAUCCACUUGUCGUCACCUGCACGCUACACCAAGACGGCAACGUACUCAUAGCAGCAAGCUAUGACGAUAGCUUGUUGGAAAGCCGUUGUGUUGAGCGCCUUGUUGACCAGUUCUCCAAUAUCUUGCGCCAGCUCCACCAGGCACCUUUUCAGUCACCGUUAUCAGAGCUCAACAUGCUGCCUGAGUUUGACGCACAGCAGAUUUCUCUGUGGAAUUCCACUUUGAUUCCCGUUGUGGAUGGCCUCGUUCACCAGGAAAUCCACAGUAUGGUCCAACGCCAGCCCGAGCGACCCGCUGUUACUGCUUGGGAUGGAAGCCUGAGUUACGCUGAGUUGGAGUCAGAGGCGAUGUGUUUCGCUACAUAUCUGAACCAGAGAUAUGACAUUGGCCCUGAAGACAAGGUACCCUUUUGUUUUGACAAGUCUAGGUGGGCAGUUGUUGCUAUGCUUGGUAUCCUUCAAGCCGGCGGCGUCGUCGUUGCCCUUGAUCCCUCUCAUCCUUCAAAGCAUCACAGCCAGAUUCUGAGUCAAGUCAAGCCCAAAGCCAUUGUCACCACACCAGCUCAUGCCGCGUUAUUCCAAAACCACAGACUCAUUAUCCUAUCCCACAAUGGUUAUGGGCUGCAAAUUAUGCCACCAAUGAAUACGGCCACCGUGAGGAGUGGCAAUACCGAAAGGGUUCGAACCGACAACGCUGCUUUCAUCGUCUUCACGUCUGGUACUACUGGGACCCCUAAGGGCAUUGUCCUCGAACACCGAGCAGUGUGUACCUCAGCCCGUGCCCAUGGCCAGCUCUUGAAGGUUACCCCAACUUCACGGGUGCUUCAAUUCGCUGCUCAUGUCUUUGAUGUCAUGGUCUCCGAUAUCUUUACCACGCUGAUUCAUGGUGGUUGUGUCUGCAUCCCCUCGGAGCAUGACCGACUGAACAAUCUCGUCGGGGCCAUUAAGUCCCUAAAUGCUACCCAAGCCUAUCUAACCACCACUGUGGCAUCUCAAUUACAUCCAGACCAGGUCCCGGGUCUCGAGGUGCUCUCCGUUGGUGGUGAACGCGUCACUGAGCAUGUCGUACGCACCUGGGUAGCCCGCACCUACUUGAUCAACAUGUAUGGCCCAGCCGAGUGCACCAUCUGGUGCGCGGGCACACAUGUCUUUGGGGCUGAUGCACAGCCCAGUGAUUUUGGACACGGCAUUGGCGCCCGCCUCUGGCUGGUUAACCCGGCUGACCAUCGCCUUCUUGUUCCUAUUGGUACUGUUGGGGAGAUUCUUGUUGAUGGGCCUAUCCUGGCACGUGGAUAUCUUGAUAUGCCUGAUCAGACUACCUCCAGUUUCAUCCAAGAUGCCCCCUGGCUGCGUCAUGGCCGCCGAGCGUACAAGACUGGCGAUCUUGGCCGAUACACCGCCGACGGCACAAUAGAAUAUCUCGCCCGCCAGGACGGGCAGAUCAAGCUCUACGGCCAGCGUAUAGAGCUUGAUGCCAUAGGGCACCACCUACGUGCCUGUCUCCCUAACGACUAUCCCGUGGCCGUCGAGGUACUCUCGUUGUACGGUAACCCAGUUCUUGUGGGAUUUGUGGCCUUGAGUCAGUCAGCGGGCCCGGUACGGAUUCUUCGGAAUCCAGAUUCCGUGAGCAAGUUGAAUCAACUUCUUUCCACCAUCUCUGAUGAUCUUGCCGCAAAGUUGCCGCAUUCUAUGGUCCCACAUAUCUUCCUCCCCAUUAGCAACAUCCCCCUGACCCUCGCCGGUAAGAUCAAUCGGCGAGCCCUGCAGGCGCUGGGCAGCGAGCUGUCAGCUGAUGACGUGCACUCUCUGAGCCCUCAGUGGGCGGCCAAACAACCCCCGGCCACGACCACAGAAAAGACUUUGCAGGGUCUAUGGGCAUCCAUUCUUCCGCUCGAGCUUGAGUCUAUCGGCCGUAAUGACAGUUUCCUGCGACUCGGUGGUGACUCGAUGGCGGCCAUGCGUCUAGUCGCAGCGGCUCGAGAGUUGAGCUUAUACCUCACCGUUGCCGAUGUGUUUGAUCGCCCCAUCUUAUUCGAAAUGGCACAGACUAUCAUCCCUGUGAAUGAUACCGAGAGCCAGCAUCUGCCACCUUUUGCCCUGGCGCCGACUGGAGAUGAUCUUGACACCCUCCGCAAUGAGCUUGCACAGCUAUGCCAGGUGCCUUCGAGUCGAGUCCAAAACAUCUACCCGUGCACGCCGCUGCAACGUACCUACAUUGAGCUUUCCACUUGCAGCCCUGGCAUCACCACGCUGCAGAAUACCUAUAUAAUACCGCCGUCAGUCGAUAUAGACCGACUUCGUCGAGCUUGGGAACAAGUCGUGGCCGCCAACUCUUUGCUCCGCACUCGCAUCGUCUACGAUCCUAAAGCUACUACCGUAUGGCAGGUAGUUCUGGAUGAACUGCCGACUUGGCGCACAUCCUCCAGUCUGGAAGCUUAUUAUGCACAAGAAGUGGCUGAGCCUAUGGGUUCCGGCUGCCCACUUAGUCGCUGUGCCAUCAUAGACGGACAUUAUUUUGUCUGGACAUGCAACCACGCUAUCUACGAUGCCUGGUCUGUAGGUCUAGUAAUGGGUCAACUCGAGCAGGCAUAUCAAGGGCUGGCACUUAGUCCUGAGGCACCUUUUGCACACUUCAUCAAGCAUCUACUGGCAGUAGACCGAACGGCAGCAGACGUCUUCUGGCAGAAAACACUAGACAACUGCCAGGCUCAACCCUUGUGUCAACAAAGUUCCACUCAGGUAGACUCACUCUUAGUACUAGAGAUGGCGCUGCCAAUGCGCUCUCACGCCACGGAGAUCACAAUGUCAACUAUCACUCAGGUAGCGUGGGCUAUUGUGUUAGCGCGCGAGACUGCCAGGCGCGAUGUUGUGCUCGGCCUCACGGUCACCGGCCGCGACACACCCAUCGCAGGCAUCGAACGCAUGACAGGGCCAACCAUCGCUACCAUCCCGCUACGAAUAACUGUUCACGAAGAACAGUCGUUAGCUGAUCUCUUACGAGCAACCCAAACACUGACGAAAGCGGCCAUUCCAUUCCAGCAUGUAGGGAUGCCGCACAUUCGCAACAUCAGUAGAGAGACUGCGCAGGCGUGCGAUGCCACAGUCCCAAUCGUCAUCAACGCAAGCAACCAUCACAAGGAGGCUUUGGGUUCAGCAAUCGGCCUUGAACGGUCGCAGCGCACGCCCUUGGCUGAAAGUCCGUUGCCCUUCUUUAUUGACUGCUCGGCGAGUAAGGACACUCUGGAUGUGUAUACCACCUUUGACAGCCGCGUUUUCCCUCGCGCUCGUGUGCAGAACAUGCUAUCUCGGUUUAGAUAUGUAUUAUGUCAGUUAUGCGUCGAUCCUGCUGGGAAGACUGUUGGCGAUCUUCGCAUGGAGGACAGGAUGAGCUUUGAUGCUCGGACUAAGACGUCGGUUUCAAUGGUGAAAGGAAGUGAGUAG